AUGUUAUUAUCACAUGAUUUUCGUGAACAAUUAACAAGUAUUCAACGACAAUUUAACAACUGGACACAAUAUGAACAGUUGUAUUCAAUUAUUGAAUUAACAAAUUCAUUAAAAGAAUUAUCACAUAAGUAUUUUUUACAUCAAUUUAUAUCGAGUGUCGUUGAAAAAGCAACAACGGAUAUGUUUACAGUGACUGUACAUCAAGCAAAUACAACACCUAUUUUACGUGUACUAUUAGAUCAACCACUGGAUAAAAUACUUGUAUCACUACAACUCUAUUUACCAUUAUUAAAUUUGAAUAAUGAUAAUGAUGAAUUAUUAAAUGCCUAUCAUCAAAUAUUUAAUCAUGUUAAUAAAUCACUUUCAUCAUCAUUGUCUAAGAAAGAAUUUAUUUAUUCUGUUCCAUGGUCACCAAGUUCAUCACCAUCAAAAAAUAAUCAUAAUAAUCAAAAAUUAAUUAAUGAUAAUCUUGUAUCUAUUUGUCGACAAUUAUUAUUUUUUAUUAGAAUACAUCCGAUGUUACAAAAACUUAACGAUUCUAUUAAAGAUUUUGAAACAAUUUUAACAACAUAUUCAAAGACUAAUAAUGAUGUUAAUGAUAGUAAAUCAUUUAACGAAGAGAAUUCAAAUACUGAUUCAAAUAACAAAAUAUCUGUAACAUCUACAAAAGAGGAACGACUACAUCAACCAUUGCAAAGAUAUUCAGCCAUUAGACCUGUUCGAUCACAAGAAUUACCAUUAUCUCAACAAAUCAAUUUUUCUGAUAUAACAGUAUCACCACGUUUAGAAGAGAUAAUUAAUUGGCGAAAUAUAUCAACAACGAGUCGUAAUAAUUUUACGGAUAGUGGUGUAGAUUUAACUGAAAUACCAAAUACAUCACAAAAUGGUAUUAAUCUUAGUACAUAUAAUAAUGUAAAUGAAGAGUAUAAUUCAUCUUCAAUCUCAACACAUUCAACUAUUGGUAGAUCUCAUUCAGCAAAUUUGACAAAUGUAAAUUAUAAUCAUCCAUUCGUAACUAAAACAAUAUCUUCACCAACUCCAGAAUCAUUGAAUAUCAAUGAACAACAAAUACCAAGAAAAACACCAUCUCCACGUUUUGUUGAUGAAACAUCACCAACAGCGGCAAUAAAUAUCUUGGGAGAAAAAAAAAUUGAAGUAUCAACAACAAAUCGUCCACAUGUCACAUUAAAACCAGCAUUGAGUGCACCACAUACAACUCUUUCAAAUUCUUUUUAUUCUGAUACAUCAAAUGAAAGUAGAUUUCAUCGUCAUACAAUAAUUAGUGAUGGAGAUGAAGAAGAAGAAGAUGAAUCAUCAUUAAAUCCACAGUCUGUGUUGAAUACAUUUCGAUAUAGUACUCCGAAUGAUGACAAACAACGUCUUGGACAUAAUUCACAUAUGGGUGAUGAUUAUCUACAUCCCUCUUCUAGUAGUACAAAUUUUGCACAGUUUUUUUCUGAUAAAACAAACAAUAACAAUUCUACCAUGAAUAAUGCUGAUAUUGGACUGCAAAAAUUUUGUUCAUUAAGAUAUUAUACUCGACCUGAUGAUCGUGUUUCACAAUAUUUAGGUGUAGAUGGAUCAAAUUUACCACGAAAUACGUUUAUACAACCAAAUACAGGCAUGAGAGAUGUGCCAAAAUGGUUGAAAAAUCUUCGUUUACACAAAUAUACUAUAUUCUUCUCACAAUUAACUUAUGAUGAAAUGAUGAAUUUAACAUUGAAACAAUUGAAAGAUCAACUAAUAACAGAUGGUGCAUGUUCAAAAAUUUUACUUCAUGUUAAAAAAUUAAAAGAACGUAAAAUUCAUUUAAAACAAAUGUUGAACGAUAUCGAUAAUGGUGUAUGUGAUAUAAAAAUAAUUUUACAACAACUUCUUGAUAUGUUACUAACACCAAUACGUGGCGGUGUUAAUCUAAAAGUGAAUAAGUUAAAAGAUGUUAAUAAUAAUAAUAAAGAAAAUGAAAAUCAUGAAACACAAGAAAAAGAUCAUAAUAAUGAUAUUGGUAAAAAUAAUAGUAUUAAUGAAUUCGAAGAUGAUGAGGAAGAUUUACCAACUAUAAUUAUGCAAGUCCUUGAAAAAAUCUAUAAUAUCAUUUAUCCAUCUAGUUCACUAUCUUCAUCGAUUAGUAAUCGUCUCACCCCUAAUAUCAACAACAUGAUAACAUCAAAGAUUCCAAAUACAAACACUUUGGCUGAGAUCUGCAAUACUAUGGUGGGAUUAUGUGAUCAAUGUUAUAAACAUGAAGCAUUUCCACAACAAAAACGUUUUCUAUUAUUACAAUGGCGUGGUACAUUAUGUCAAAUAUUACAAAGUAUGGGUAAACUAUCAUUACAAAUUAUGCAACCAUCUUCUGUUUAUCAACGUCGUUUAAAACAACAGACAUCCAUUCCAACUAAUAAGCAUACACUACUUCGGAGUACUCACAGUACAUCAAGUGCAGGUUUUACGGGAAACAAUUUACCUCCAACAGUGCCAUUAACAUCGUGUUAUUCCAAUAUGUAUCACAAUGAUUAUAUUGGAAAUGAUAAUCUCAAUAGUAAUGGCAUUGGUGGACCUGUUCCAUUAGCUCGUUCAUGGAAUUCAGAACCCUUAGGACCAUUAACAGUACAACAGAGUAUUGAUCAAAAUAAUUUAACAAUUCGUCGUCCAUCUCCCAUUGCGCUGGUCGCUUCGCAACAAUCACAACAAUCUCCUUUUUUUUCAACAAAUCAUUACAAUAGAAACACCAACGGUUUUGAUGAAUCUAUAUUGUCACAAAGAGUACUUGAUGAUUCUCAACUCUUGUCAUCAAAUACCGCUUUUAAACCUCCAAAACCAUUAGAAAAAUGUUUAACACUUCCUUCGACGCCCCAUCAACAACAACGUUAUAUAAGAAAUGAAAAUAAUAAUCAUAACUUAUUCUCUCCUGAACAGUACGCUAACAAUAAAAAAGUUCGAUCCCAUUUCCCUUAUUCACCAUCACAAAAUUAUUCACAACAAAAUUUACAUCAACCACUGGUACGAAAGACCAGUAUUGGACCAUUUCAUUCAAAUAAUAAUGAUAAUAACGAAUUUGGCCGUAAUAAAUUGUGUAAAACCUUAAGUGAUCCAAAUAGAUUACGUUUUAAUAAUACAUCAGUGUUCAUGCAGCAACAACAACAACAAUAUCAACAACAACAAUUUGAUUUACAAAUGAUGCAUUUAACAUCAACGCCAGGAAAUUUGAAUUCAUAUACUAACAAUGAUUUUAUGGCAAAAAAACAAAUGUCCUCAUUUGAACACGAACAAAAUAAUGAAUCACUAACAUCUAUGAAUCAGCAAUCAGACGAUAAUUCAUUUUUUAGUGAUCCUAAUAAGGAUGAUAGAGAUAAUAUUUAUCAGCAACAAUCCUUAAUGUUACGAGGCUUACCACAAACAGUAAUUUCAGCAUCAAACAGUAGAACUGAUGGCAAUAAUACAAAUAAUGAAAAUAUGUUUGAUGAAUUAUACCGUCAUAUUGAAAGUGCGAUUUGUGAUGAUGUAUCGGAACAGUCACUAAUAGAAAAUAAUGAUCAACCUCUAAUCGAAAUAUCACCAACAUCGAAUGUGGAUAAAUCAGAAAAUUUAAUGGAUUAG